AUGAUUAUCAUUUGUGUGAUUUUGAUGACCUUGUUUAGUCAGGUCGUGAAGAGUUAUGCAAUAAUUGACAUUUCAAAAAAUGAUGAUGUCGCACAUACUAGGCAAUACGGAAGUUCAGAUUUAUAUCAGACAGUCUAUAUCAACAAAAUGGGCGAACCCGUAGGUUACAUCGUGGACGGAGAUACACUUGUAUGGUCUCAUGAUAAGAACACGUUUUGUAGGCAAUUCUCCCUUUACAAAAUAAACGGGGUCAAGAAAAUCGCAUCUUUAUUUAUUGAUAAAAAAUUAGAACGUAUUUAUUUCCUCUACUUUUCUGGUGUUUAUGCUAGAAUUGGAGUAUCGGACUAUGCGAAUAUCUUUGACAGAUUGGUAAAGGGAAGAGUAUUUGAUAUUUCAGCUCCGGUUGACCACAAUACUUUCAUGGUACAGAAAUAUAGGCCAUUCGGAAGUAGUUCAAGGAUAUAUGUACCACGGAAAGACUUGGAUGUGGUCAAGAUUAUGCAAGGGGAUCAAACAAUUUGGAAACCGAGGAACUGCGAAAAGGUAGAAUCUUUUGUCAUUCAUGGAGUGCCUGGAAAGGAGAAUCUAUUGAGUGUCCUCAUUAAAGAAGGGAGAGAAUCUGAAGUCUACUACUUUGCAAAGGAAGAAUCACAAUGGAGAAAGGUCUCGAAUGUUGUAUUUUACGCUAAACUGAGCAUUUUUGAUAUAGAAGCGGAAAACGAGAAUUUUGAUUCCGAAAUUUCCAGACUUAGAGCAGAAUUGGAGAGCUACAAUAGUAUGGAGGUAGAUCAGGAGAAUAAUCCAUACUCGGUAAGAGUGUAA